AUGGACUGGUAUCUAAUCAAUGGUUUGAAUUUUGUAAAGGAAAAGCUUUUAGAGGUUGCAGGCCUGCCAAUGUUGGAGAAUUGCAUGUCUGGGUAUAAUAGUUGCAUGUUUGCAUAUGGCCAGACUGGGAGUGGGAAGACAUGUACUAUGAUGGGUGACAUAUGUGAGAUGGACAAUGAACUUAGUGAAGAUUGUGGGAUGACACCUCGUAUUUUUGAAUAUCUAUUUAUGCAAAUUAGAGAGGAAGAGGAGAACCGGAGAGAUGAAAGAUUGAAGUAUAGUUGCAAGUGUUCCUUUCUUGAGAUAUAUAAUGAGCAGAUAACAGAUCUCCUUGAGCCAGCAUCAACCAAUCUGCAACUGAGAGAAGACAUGAAGAAAGGUGUACAUGUUGAAAACCUUAAGGAAUACAAGGUGACAACUGUCAGGGACGUUCUCAAACUUCUCUUACAGGGUGCUGCAACCAGGAAAAUUGCAGCAACCCACAUGAACAGCGAGAGCAGUCGUUCCCACAGUGUCUUUACUUGUGUCUUUGAGAGCCGAUGGGAGAAAGAUUCCAUGGCACACAUUCACUUUGGAAGAUGCAUUGAGGUCGAAAAGCCUCGAGCUUGUGCAACCCAGCUCUCUUACAAUCCAACACAAGCCUGGAUGGAAGAUGUGCAAUAUCCAAGCUUUCCAUCAGGUGGUUCCCCACUUCUUAAUGCCACCGUCCAAAAAUCAGGCAAGUCCACUCCAUGUGGAGCAUUUGGGGUGAAAUGUGGUAGCCCAGAGGGGGGCUUUGCUGCUUCAUAUGGGGAUGGAUAUGGACUUCAUUCGGGUGCUGCUGACAAAGGUCCUCUAUAUGGCAUGAGUUCUUGUUCUUGGGGUGCAUUUGAGAAGUAUCGCAUCGGGUGUCGCUGAAAUCCAUUGCUUUUUUUUUUCCUCUUGCUUUUCCUUGUGUCUCAAUCUGUAAAUUUUCUGUCCAUUAUGUAACCUUUCAUUCUCAGGCCCCCUGUAAAUGAGGCUGGUUGUAAAUGAUUUAAAGGUUGUGUUUGAAUGCUAAUUUAAGCCCCUAAAGGUCUUUUGAUUUAGAAGAUUCA